GGAAAAAAACUCAAAACAAAAGGGGCUUUGUACACUUUCGGUCUACCAUCUCCUCCAAUUGCCGGACCCUAAACGACACAGUGACCUGAAAGCAGCAACCGCGGCAGGAGUAGUAGCCGCCACUCGCCAUUAGCACGAGAGAUUUGGUGGAGGGAACUCCAGAAAGAGUGCUGUGGAAAGGCAAUGUACUAUGAACAGCAUUGGGCUUGAAUUACCUAAAAAUACCUAGGGUGGCAGAGAGUGGCAGCACAAUGGCGGUAGCAGCCUUGCGAAUCCCUUAACACUUAUGAAGGUGGUUAUUGCAAACUGGAAAUGAAAGCCAUAUAUAGAUUAAAUGAAUAUUAUGUACUUUUGUAACUUAUGCCUGGUGUGUUGUUCAUUUGUCCCAGUGAAUAAACCAACACCAUUUAACUUGGAAUGCUAUUCUUAAUCUGCAUAUGACUGGAGUUCUUUUUUCCAUUUUCUUGGGUGAUGGCAGAGUUUGAAAUGUACUAUUGAGAACCACUAUUAUGUAUGCAGCAUAGGGGAAAUUCUUAGAAUCAUAUGAGCCUGAAUUCUUCUUGUUUAAGUGGAUACAUGGCUGAUAAUUCUUUAAUUAUAUCCACGGGUUCUCAUAGUGUAAUAGAGCAUCCAUUAGUCAUUGGGCAAGAAUUUGCUGAUGUGGAAACAUGCCGAAGAAUGUUGAAAGAUAUUGCCAUAGCACUGCACUUUGAUCUCCGAAUAGUAAAAUCAGAUCGCAGCCGGUUUAUAGCCAAGUGCAAUAAAGAAGGUUGUCCAUGGCGUGUCCAUGUAGCCAAAUGUCCUGGAGUUCCAACCUUUACAAUUAGAACCCUACAUGGAGAGCACACCUGUGAAGGAGUUCGCAACCAUCAUCAUCAGCAAGCAUCAGUUGGUUGGGUUGCUAGGUCCGUAGAAGCACGCAUUCGGGAUAAUCCCCAAUACAAGCCAAAAGAAAUUCUGCAAGAUAUCCAUGAUCAGCAUGGAGUUGCUGUUUCUUAUAUGCAAGCUUGGCGUGGGAAGGAGCGGAGCAUGGCGGCUCUUCAUGGAACGUUUGAAGAAGGGUAUCGCCUUCUUCCAGCAUACUGUGAUCAAAUAAGGAAAACUAAUUUGGGAAGCAUUGCAACUGUUGUUGCUGCCGGACAAGAGAAUUGCUUCCGUUGCCUCUUUAUUUCUUAUCGUGCAUCAAUCUAUGGGUUUAUAAAUGCUUGUAGGCCGCUACUAGAACUUGACAGAGCACAUCUUAAAGGGAAAUACUUGGGUACAUUGCUUUGUGCAGCAGCUGUUGAUGCGGAUGAUGCAUUGUUUCCGUUGGCUAUUGCCAUUGUUGAUGUGGAAAGUGAUGAAAACUGGAUGUGGUUUAUGUCAGAAUUACGAAAGCUUCUUGGGGUAAAUACUGACAACAUGCCUAGACUGACGAUACUAUCCGAAAGACAAAGCGGUAUUGUUGAGGCAGUGGAAACUCAUUUUCCAAGUGCUUUUCAUGGUUUUUGUCUACGUUAUGUUAGUGAAAAUUUUCGUGACACAUUUAAAAAUACAAAAUUGGUGAAUAUCUUCUGGAAUGCUGUUUAUGCCCUCACUGCAGUUGAAUUUGAAAGCAAGAUUGCUGAGAUGGUAGAAAUUUCACAAGAUGUUAUUCCAUGGUUUCAGCUCUUCCCUCCUCAACUUUGGGCUGUGGCAUAUUUUGAGGGCGUGAGAUAUGGCCAUUUUACACUGGGGGUCACAGAAUUAUUGUAUAAUUGGGCCCUUGAAUGUCAUGAGCUUCCUAUUGUGCAAAUGAUGGAGCAUAUUCGUCAUCAGUUGACAUCUUGGUUUAAUGAUCGUCGAGAUAUGGGCAUGAGGUGGACCUCUAUUCUUGUGCCAUCUGCUGAGAAGCGGAUUUUGGAGGCCAUUGCAGAUGCUCGUUGCUAUCAAGUACUUCGUGCAAAUGAAGUUGAGUUUGAGAUUGUGUCAACUGAGCGUACAAAUAUUGUGGAUAUAAGAAGUCGUAUUUGCUCAUGUCGUCGUUGGCAGCUAUAUGGUUUACCUUGUGCACAUGCAGCUGCUGCCCUUAUUUCUUGUGGGCAAAAUGCCCAUCUAUUUGCCGAGCCUUGCUUCACGGUAGCAAGUUACCGGGAGACCUAUUCACAGAUGAUAAAUCCUAUUUCAGAUAAAAGCCAAUGGCGAGAACUGGGCGAGGGUGCAGAGGGUGGAGGUGCCAAGGUUGAUAUAACAAUACACCCACCAAAGACUCGCCGCCCACCGGGAAGGCCCAAAAAGAAGGUUCUUCGCGUAGAGAACUUUAAGCGCCCAAAGAGAGUUGUUCAAUGUGGUCGCUGCCAUAUGUUAGGGCAUUCACAAAAGAAAUGCACUAUGCCUAUUUGACCCUAGUUAGCUUGUUUAAAAUAUUUUGUUUUGUUCUUUUGUUCUAAAUAUUCCGAAAUGCUAUAGAAAGCAACAGUGUGCUUGUAAUUUAAAUGUAAUUUUUCCUAUUUAGUUGUUAGAAUAAGGUUUCAGUACUUUUUGGCAUAGUUCGGUCUGUA